UCAAAAAAAAAAGAAAAAAAAAGAAGCAGAAGCAAAAGGAAACAAAGCAGCAGAAAUUCCAAGAAAAUUAACUUGGCGCAUUCUUGAACUGUUUAUUGUUGUUGUGCUGCCAACUGGGUUAAUUGUUGUGUGUGAGUGUGUGUGCUUGUGUGUGUGUGUGAGCAGGUGUGUGCGUGUGUGAGUGUGCGGGAAUUAUAACCAGCCAAAUACAAUAAAACACAAGCCCGCAAUGCAAGCGCAACAAUAGUUCGUGGCACGCGAUGAAUGCAACAAGAGCCCCCAGAAUUGCAAUACUCAGAAACAAGUGAACACAAAACUCAGACAACACCUUAGCUGGCAGGCAAGUAGUCACCUAGCCUUGGAGAGAGCAGCCAAUGCAAGCAGCACAGAAGCAACUACCAACGACACAAAAUGCUGAUACUGCUGGCAUUGCUGAGUGUAUUUGGUAAUAGUCUCAUUGCUGGAGUCGAAGCGAAUCUGAGCUUAGGUUUUAAGGUCAUCAGACUGCCAAGGCAUAUAAAUCCCGCCAAUUGCAGCGUUGGCAACACAACAUUCGCACAUGGAGCCACAUUUAAAUUGGAUUGCAAAACCCAAUGCGUUUGCGAGAAUGGACGCCAUGCCUGCUCCACGCUGUGCCCCAACGAGCAGCUGCCGGCGCCGGAGGACACGAUUUCAUGCAGAUCACCGCGUCUGGUCGAGGUACCCGGCCACUGCUGCAAAAUGUGGCUCUGUGAGAAUCCAACAGCUGAUGUCUAUGCCACCUGCCACAACAGCAGCAUCAGCGGCAAUUGGAGCGCCUGCAGUCGGCCGUGUGGCCUGGGCAUGGCCACAAGGCAGACGAGCACCCAUGCCGGCUGCCAUCAAUUGAGCAAUUUACGGCUUUGCGAGAAUCGCAGAUGUGCCCAGGACAAUAAGAGGAGCAGCCAGAGCAACAGCCAGAGCAACAGCAAGAGCUAUGGCAAUAGCCACAAUAGACUAUUUAACAACUUGGCCAGGAGCCAGCUUCAUCAGCAGCAGCAGCAGCAUCAUCAUAAGAGGAAUGGCCAUGGCAAGGCGCUCGAUAUGCAACAGGAGCCCGCACACAGAAUAAGAAAGGGCCACGAGUGCCGCAGCCUGCAGCGCCUGGGCACUGCCCGGAUCCGGCUGGGCGAGUGCGUCUCCCGUAAGCUCUAUCGCCCCAAGCUCUGCGGCAGCUGCCAUCGGGGCACCAAGUGCUGCAUUCCAGCUGUUUCCACAACAAUUCAAGUGGAGCUGCUGUGCCCUUUAAAUGCCGUUGAUCCAAUUAACUACGUACAAAAGCGCAUGCAACAGGACGAGGCAGCCGAGGCAGUCGACAGUUGGCAGCCGGAAGGACAGUUAUGGAACACCAUUGGCUUGGAGCCCAUCGAUCAGGAAUUUCUGCAAUCGCAUCAAAUACAAAUUGAGAAUAAAUUCGUUGCCGUCGAAUGGAUACUAAAAUGUGAAUGCAGCAAGAAUUUUUGCAGCGCAGACAAAAAUCGAAAAGUGAACGCAAAUGCGACCAGAUUCGGGGGCAGACAGAGCAAACGGCAGCAGAAACAGCAUCUGCAUGCAACCAAAAUGCUACAAAAUGAGCUGAAAUACAAAUUUGAUGAAAUGCGGAAGGUGUCAGGAUACGAAGAGGAGCAGCAGCAGCAGCAGGAGCAACAGGAGCAACAGGAGCAGCAGGAGCAGCAGGAGCAGCGGGAGCAGCAGCAGCAGGGGCCGAAUGUWGGCAAUGUGAAGAGCAAUGAGGAAACUUCAUCAUCGGAACAGCAGCCUGAUAUAAUACCCUAUCCGCUAAGCGUGGGCGAGAUCAGCUGGAAAAAGGAAAAGCGGCAAAGAAAACAGAAAGAAGAAGAAGAAGAAGAAGAAGAGCAACAAUGGCAACGCACAUAGCGUCAAGUGAGACUUGAAAAAUUCUCGAAGAAAACAUAUUGAUCAGCUAAGCAGUUGAGUAGAACUUAAGAUUUGUACAGCAUAGCGAUAUAUUGAUAUAUAUAUAUAUAUACAUAAAUGUAUUUUGGAUUUUGAACAAAAUUGAGAUUAAGCUUGUAAAAAAACAAAACAAACAAACCAAUAUGGUUUAGGAUUUGAGCUAAAAGAGGAGGCAGAAGAGGCAUUAAGUGUAAGUAAGUGUGGAUAAAGAGCGAGUUGAGAGCAGGCGAUACGAAAUACCUAAACAACAGACAAGGCAAAAACAAUAUUUUGUAAUGUUUCAAAAAUUGAAAUAUGCAAAUAUGAAUAGAAA